AUGAAAUACUCGCUAUACUUGGCCAGAAAGUAUGCCGCUGAAGGCUGGUGGGAUCGGUCCAUUCGGCAUUAUCUUACUGUACUUUAUACUUAUCAGGCAAGUUUUAAGGAUGUUGAACAACGUGAAAUCGAGUUUGCUGACGAGUUCCGUAAAGUUCUUGAGAGCUGGAUGUGCUAUUCACGAAAUGCCGACUCAUGCCUCAGCGCUUUGUUCGCGCCGAUUCUAAAUUUGUUCCCGAAGUGCGUACCGAUAGUAACACUACUUUCAGAACACGUAUCUGGAAGUGCCUUGUUCUUAGAGGACAGUGGCGAGACCGGCGUCUGCUCAUACGAUAAUCUAAAUGCGGCUAUCAACGCAGAAUGCGAUCAGUUAAUGGGAGCAGUAUUUCGUGUCUCCUCAGCUAAUAUGAGAAGUGGUGUCUUCGACCAAUGGCACAUCUGGCCAGUUCAGGAAAGAAACUCCAUGUUUUUCGAUGCUCUGAAGAAUACGAUCUCUCCGAACGAUCAUGUCUUAGACAUUGGCACUGGAACUGGGAUAUUGAGUAUCUAUGCUGCUAGAUGUGGAGCAUCGAAGAUAACGGCAAUUGAGGCAAACCCAACACUUUACCAGAUGGCGAAAAGGAUUCUUGCAUUGAACGGUGUGGGAAAUGUUAAAGUAGUUCAAGAGUAUUCAUACGAAUACGAUCCAGAAGAGGACGACUUGGCAGAUGUAGUUGUAUCGGAGAUACUUGAUUGUUGUGCUUUCGGUGAAGGAGUGAUUCCAGCUUUCCUUGAUGCUCAUCUCAGGCUUGCUACUAAUACAGCCCGUUUCAUACCUUCAAAUGUCACUUUGUUUGCGACGUUGUUAGAGUCGCCUUCAAUUUACCUCAGCCAUUCCUUUACGUCCCCGUCUGGCAAGGAGUACCGGUCUGAGUAUGUGCCAUGCAAUGGACAAAAGCCAUCUGAGCCAUAUUGGUGUAUACGGGUCUCAGAUUUGGCUGAUGCAAAACAUCUCUCGACUCCCCAUCGAUUGCUGGGAGUAGACUUUCAAAACAUAAAUGAGCUUCAUCGAUAUGUAUUUGGACAAUCCGGGGUUAUAAAGAUUUCAACAAAUUGCUCAGGAACACUUCACGCUGUUGCAGUCCAUUUCAAGGCGCUUAUAUGGGGAGAUCAGUAUAUAGAUACUUCUAAAAGUACAUGUUGGGAACAAGGGAUAUUCCCUCUACCAUACCCGAUGCGUGUCAACGAAGGUGAUGUCGUAGUUUUGAACUGGACACUGAAAAGGACUAGACUCGACAUUUCAGUGGAUUUGAUCCAGAAUUCCGAAGAGCUGAUUCCCAGCCGCGAGUUAAUACCUCGAAGCCAACUUGACUACCGUACUAUGAAUAACGAUAUGCUGCUUUUUGCGAUUACUCGAAUGCUACCGUCUGUCAGCAGGUAUUCUUGGAAUCUAGAUGGAGAGCUCAGCGCCGAGGAACUCGGAAUUGUAAGAUACCUGCCCCAUUUUUUGAUAGACUCAAAAGAUAUUCACGGAGCAGUCGAAAGCGAAGUGGACGAAGGCUAUGCUGAUCAGUGUGUGGUUGUGUGGCCAAUACGAGGCGAUGGCUCAGUCAGCGAAGUGUUUCUGAAUUUGCUACGGACUUUACGAGCAAGGAAUGAUAUUCCUCUUUCACUGAAACAUUGUGGCUUUCUCACAGACCGUCUUUCUGCGCAUGGAGUACUUGUUUCAUCGGAACGUUUGUCAAAACUUACUCGUGUCCGAGAAGAUUCUCUCUGCGGUGCUGAUUUGUCUCCGAUUCGAAUGUACAAUCUACUCGAAUAUAGGGAUAUAGAAAUAUCAACUUUCGAACACCAAAUUUGUUCUAACGAGUUUCGCUUUCUUCAUCUCGGGGAAGAGGAUACGGAGUUGCUCUCGAAGAAGAUUGAGGUGAAAUGUACGUCCGCAGGCCUAGUAGAGGGUGUUUUGUACUGGUGGCAGUUGGAUCAAUAUUACUCAACGCGACAAGAUCGCGGAACAUUCUUCAUAUUCAGGGAACCGAUCUCGGUGAAUGUCGGGACUUUGAAAUGGGAACAAAAGUUUCUUUUGAUCAAACUCUAUCAUUGGGAUAUGCAUGAUUACGUGAUCAUGAAUACGGCGUUCACAUUUGGAGGCAGUCCCAUUAGGAGCUAG